ACAUGCAAGAUGGCGGACGAAGUUGAUGAGGAAUUGCAACAGCGUCUUGCAAGUCAUUCGGAUUAUUUUAACUCUUUAGUUCGUCUCGUUCCGGCGAAAUUUUACUUGCCUGACAAUGAGGAAGAAAAGAGCGGGAAAUUUUACAAAAAUCGCAAGAAAAAUGCCCCCAAGCAAGCAGUGAAAGAAGCUACGAGAAAGGCAAAGAAAAGAAGACUUGAUCCAAACCACGCGAAGAGCGUUGUUGAUCUACAAGAAGAAGAAGCAAGCGGGAAGAAAUCUAGUGAUAAAAGCGAAUCAGAAGAUGAAAGCGAUAACAAUGAUGAAGGAUUUAGCGUGGAAAAAGUUCCAAGCGGGAAAAUAGGUGACCUGCGCGCACGACUACAUGAGAGAAUACAGCUGUUACAAGGAAAACGAAAAACUUCGAGUUUCAAAAAACAUCAAGAAAGACCCAAGAAAAAAGCCAAAUCUGAGAUCAAAAUUGAAAAAAAGAAAUUUAGUGAAAUUUCUCAUUUUAAAAAGGAUCAAAACGAUAACAUUUCAUCGCAAUCAGCUGGGAAUAAAGUGGUCAAUGACAAAGGAGAAGUUGUAUUCAGCAAAUUUGAUUUUAUGGAGAGGAACAAGAAAGCUAAACAUGGGGGCAAAGCUAGGGAUUACAAAAAACUGCUUGCUAAGGCAGAAAAUAGGAAGAAAAAGUUUGAAGAAUUGAAGGGAAAAGAUGCAGGAAAAGCUAGAGAAGUUCAAGAAAGACGGGCCUGGAAGAGUGCACUGGAGAAAGCUGAGGGCAUGAAGGUGAAAGAUGAUCCAAAACUGUUAAAAAAGACCUUGAAGAGACAAGAAAAACAAAAGCAAAAAAGUAGAAUGCAAUGGAAGGAUAGGAAAGAACAGCAACAGAAGCAAAUGGAGGAAGGACAAAAAAUGAGACAAAAACAUUUGAAAGAAAGAGCGGAGUCAAAGAAAAAGAAAGGAAAGGGAAAGGGAAAGAAGCACCGACCUGGAUUUUAAUGACUUGAUGAAACAUAAAAAUAUAGAUAUAUUUUUAAUCUGGAGGCUGUUGUUAUUUAUAUUUGUACGGGCUUGAAAUGGAAGUAAAAAUGGGAGAAUUCCAGCUGAGUUAUCCCAUUCCAUUCUUUGAGCUCUCACAAUGCAUACUAGAAUUAUGGCACUUUUUUUUAGCUUGUGUUUAUACAGCUUUAAAAAAAAAGACUUUAACAUAUCAAGCCCGAAUUGCCCUAUGGGUGAUGUGAAUUCAAUCAGUGAAUGUGGAAUUCAAAAUGGAAUUUUCCCAAACGUUGUGUACACAUUUUUCAGGCAUAAUUUCUUUUGUGCCGACAUUAUUUAGAAAGCAACAUAGCAUUCAACAAAAAUCCACCAACCUUCUUAAAAAUACCUGCAUACUGUACUAUUGAUUAUAAUUAUAAAUUAUAAAUUCCUCGAUUCUGAUUGGACAAGAGGAGUACAAUUAAAUCCCAAAUUGUACUCUGUAGAGUCCCAAUUAAAUCCCUCAAUUUUGUUGAGUGUAUUAUAAACAAAAAAUACCACAAUGUUCUCAUACAAUUUAAAAUUUAUAGAUACUUGUGAUGUUUUGAAAAUUCUCAAAUUGGACUUGCCUAAAAGACUAAGGGAUAUUCCAUGGUAUAGUAUGCUUCCCUUGUCAUGCUCAAAGGUUAAUUAAAAUAAUUUGCUUAAUGCUCAGGGAUUAGUGAAGUGGAGAAUAAAUUUAAAUUUAGCCUUGUACUGAAAUAGCCUCUGUUGCAGACGUUUUAUGUGGUUUGAUAACAACACAAAACGUCUAUAAUGGAGGCUGGUAAUGAAACAUUUAGGCAUUAAAAGCAAAGUAUAUCUCAGAAGUGGGCUUUGUUACAAAUAUAAAGAAUAAUAGACAGGUAACAGGUCUUAUUUUUCCACUAUUUUAUUAAUGCUUCAUCAAGGGAGUGAAUGCAAAGCAUGUUGUUAAUAAAUAUCCCUAACAUCUA